AUGUACUGCAGGUUGAAAAGGACAUGACCCGGUCAUGGUGUAGUGGAAAAUUCGGUGACCACGUCAGAAUGUGUUUCCUAAUCUCAGACUUUAGCGUCCUAGGCGCAAAGCAUUUCGGAGAAAAUACGCUUUAAGGAGCACAAUAGACCAAAGGUGACCAAGUAUGUUUAUCCACCGCAGUAUUCCUGGAAGUUACAUGAUGGCGAAACCAUGCGACAGUCAACAGAUCAUGGCUGAAGAGGCUUUUGAUGUGAUGGUGGUCGGCUCUUGUAUGACUGACUUGGUGAGCCAGGCACCAAGGCUACCCAAAGCCGGGGAAACCAUCCAUGGUCAUAAGUUCUUCAUUGGCUUCGGAGGGAAGGGAGCCAACCAGUGCAUACAGGCUGCAAGACUGGGGGCCAAAACCACUAUGGUCUGCAAGGUUGGUAAAGACUUCUUUGGAGACAAUUACAUCCAGAAUUUCAAGGACAAUGGAGUAAACACAGACUUCGUAGAGCAGACCUCCAGUGCCGCCACAGGAGCUGCCUCCAUCAUUGUCAACGAUGCAGGUGAGAAUGCCAUUGUGAUUGUGGCCGGUGCUAACUUGCUGCUGGGCAGUGAGGAGCUGCAGAAAGCACUCCCAGCCAUCAGCCGUGGAAAAGUGCUGGUGUGCCAACUGGAGAUCAGUCCACAAACGUCCUUGCAGGCGCUACGCAUGGCUCAGGAGAACAAAGUAAAGACGAUAUUCAACCCAGCGCCGGCCAUUCCUGACUUGGAUACAGGUUUCUACAGAGCCUCUGAUGUGUUUUGCUGUAAUGAAUCUGAGGCUGAGCUGCUGACUGGUUCGUCAGUAACUAAUGUGGAGGAAGCUCAUCGGGCGGCUCAGGAGCUCCUGCAGCGAGGCUGCGGGUCAGUCAUAGUCACUUUGGGACCCCAAGGCUGCGUGGUGCUCGAGGCACGCGACUCUACCUCCAAACAUGUUCCGACUACUGCAGUCACAGCCGUGGACACCACGGGAGCUGGAGAUAGCUUUAUUGGAGCACUGGCAUUUUACAUGGCUCAUUAUCCCACAAUGCCCCUGGAGGAGAUGACCCGCAGAGCCAAUCAGGUGGCAGGAGUGAGCGUGCAGGUGGUCGGCACGCAGACGUCUUACCCCUUCAGAAAGGAGCUACCGGCUGAACUGUUCUGAGAGCAGCAAGUCUGAUGAGCUGAAAAUCCAAGAAUGAACAUUAAUGUGAAACUGAUGAUUGAUAAUGACUGAUUAAUGUUAAAGUUUAAUAUUAACAUGGCUGCAAUUUGACUGUCAGUGUAAAAGUUCUAUGAAUGGUGCCAAUCAACAGUUUAAUAAUUGACAAGCAUCUUAACACUUAGCUUGUACGGCACAUAAUUGACUUUAUUUAAUCACCCCAAAUGGUUUCAUUACAUAUAAAGUUGUAUAACACUUGAGUCAUAAUCACUGAUGCUAUAUAGAACAAUUCAACUUCAACAUGUUAUUCUAUGGCUUCCAUGAGCUUUCAUUCAAAUCAGAUGUGGUAGCCCGUUUUUGCUGGUAACUGAAACUUUCGUGGAGUCUGGUCGCGGAUUUGCAUACCAAACUGCUGCGGUGGGACACCUCUUUAGCAGAUCCAAGAAAAAGGAAAUCCUCUGAAAACGUGUCAGCAAGUGAAACAGAACUGAUGAAACAUCUUGUAUAAUCCACAACAAUAAAAAUAAGUCUGUUUAAA